AUGAUGCUAAAGAAAUUGUAUAAUGGGCAUUUUCGAAGAGUGUCGUUAAGCGAUCAAGAUGAAUUUGAUGUUUCCUCGAAAAAAUCAAUUGGUGACGCAAGCAACGAGGAUAAAAAUCAAGAGUCUGGUUUAGUUAGCAAUAUUAUAUAUGGAGCAGGUCUCGGGAUCGGAGCAGUCGGAUUUUCCCUUGCAGUUUUGAGUUCAACAAUUCUUGCCUCAACUUUAGUUUUCUCUUUAUAUUUUUGUGCAAAUACAUGUAGUAUAAGUGAUGAAGACUUAUUCGAAGAGUGCAUCUAA